GUCGUCCCUGUCCGUCGUCGUGUGCUACUGCUAAAUAAAAAUAUGAUAUUUUAAAAAGUAACUAAGAGGAACUCUAUUUCUUUAAGUGAAAAUCUGGUUCAUUCCUUUAUCAGUGUUAUCAGCACGCUAGAACCAGUGAAAAUUAAGGCUAUACAAACCGCAAUAAUGUCGCUGACUAAAAGGAAACGUUCUCUUGAUAAAGAAGAAUUGCUUGAGAAUGGAGAUCCUUCAAACAACAGUCAAAGUAACAUAAAAGGAGACGAACUUAAUAUAUCAGUAUUAUUAUUUUUAUAUACACUCCAAGGUAUUCCAUUAGGGCUUGCGGGGGCGAUCCCGAUGUUGUUGCAGAACCGAGGCAUAACAUACACACAACAGGCUGAAUUUAGUUUUGUGAAUUGGCCGUUCAGUGUAAAAUUGCUAUGGGCACCAAUAGUAGAUGCAAUGUUUUGGCCAGAGUUUGGUCGGCGGAAGACAUGGUUAGUUCCAGUCCAGUAUUUAAUUGGAAUCUUCAUGAUAAUCAUGUCGAGCAGUGUCACAAGCUGGCUUGGCUCAGAAAGCGAACCCCCAUCAAUGAUGAUUCUUACCAUGUCAUUUCUGAUGCUUAACUUUUUAGCUGCCACACAAGAUAUUGCUGUAGACGGAUGGGCCCUCACUAUGCUGAAAAGGUGUAAUGUAGGACAUGCAUCUACAUGCAACACAGUGGGACAAACGGCAGGAUUUUUCCUGGGAUAUGUACUAUUUUUAGCUCUAGAAUCUCCCUAUUUUUGUAAUAAAUACUUAAGGACAGUACCUGAAGAUACAGGUCUAGUGACUUUGUCUAGUUUCCUUUUGUUCUGGGGCUGGGUGUUUAUUGUCACUACUACUAUAAUUGCAAUAUUCAAACAUGAAGCUAAUGACACUGUUAGUUCUAACGAAAGUCAAGUGAAGGGAAUGAAGGAUAUUGUAAAUGCAUACAAGCAACUCUAUACAAUUGUGAAGCUUCCAGCUGUCCGGACUCUGGCAUUGGUGCUAUUUACAGCUAAGCUUGGGUUUAGUGCCAGUGAUGCAGUAUCUGGCUUGAAACUUGUAGAGGCCGGAGUUCCACGUGAAGAUUUGGCACUUUUAGCUGUGCCUUUAGUGCCUGUUCAAAUCAUCAUGCCUGUGAUCCUGGCUAAACACACAACGGGACCAGCACCAUUAUCAUUAUGGCUACGAGCAUACCCACUAAGGCUUUUAGUCGGACCAUUGUCCGCUGCCCUUGUGGCGUUAACCCCAACUCUAUUAGGGGACUCAGGCCCAUCCUACUUCUACCUCUGCAUUUUAAUGGCACUCUACGUGUUCCACCAGACUUGCCUAUACUGCAUGUUCGUGGCAGUGAUGGCUUUCUUCGCCAAAGUGUCGGAUCCAGCCGUGGGCGGCACGUAUAUGACGCUGCUGAACACUGUGUCCAACCUGGGGACCAACUGGCCUAACACGCUUGCGCUAUGGGCCAUAGACCAUUUGACAUACAAGACUUGCAGUGCGCCGGAGUUGACUGAUAACACAUGUGCUACACAGCAAGAAACAGACGUGUGUAAAAACAAUGGAGGUACAUGCAAUAUACAGAUUGAUGGGUUCUACAUAGAAGUGGUGCUCUGCCUCGUGGCCGGCUUCCUGUGGCUACAGUGGGGCAAGAAGACUAUCAAGCGGUUACAACGACUACCGGCCUCAGCUUGGCAGAUAGGCCGGAACAGAUAAGACUGAUUUACAUUAAUAUAUAGCUGAGUUUAAGGGUUUAAACGUGAUAUGAUGUGACUCGUAACUUUAUUAUGAAUAAAUGAGCAUCCAAAAUUCAUAAAAUUUUUGGUUGAUGUGAAUAGACCUUUAUAACCAUGAGACUUUGGGCAAACGCCGACCGUAAGGGUGAGUUUAUACCAAAAACUUAUCAAUUAAAUUAUAGCCAUGAUGUUUAUUUAUUCAUAGUUCAAAUUGAAUUAUCUUAAGUAAAUCUUAUCUUUAGUUAAAUCCAUUGACAUCAAAGACCAUCUGACUAGACCCGGAUGGGCCUGUUAUUUUGGGCUUUAAAAUGAUCAUAAUUGUGAGUAUAUAUUGAAACCUCAUCCGUCAAAUUAAAAACAAUUGCACAUUCAAUUCACUACCAACUCUCGAUCUGAUGUUAACUGUCUCGUUGGUUGACUAACAAUUAUGUCAUUCGACGUUUAUUUAUUCGUAAUUUAAAUUGAAUUAUCUUUCUUCUUAUAAAUUUGUUAUAUUAGUUCAACAUCCUCAUCAUAUCGACCCAUUACCCA